AUGGUGGCGGAGGCUGCAGCUCCCCCGACCCCGGUGGAAGACGAGAAGUAUGCGGUGUACCGGCGCAUGCAACGGACCGGCGUGCCAUUGCUGGCCAUCCGCCAGAAGCUCCUGCUAGACGCCCUUCAGGACCCCAGUCUGGACGUCGCCGUCUUGGAUACCUUCGACGGCGCAGCAGGCACCGGCGCGGGGGCGCCAGCGCGGGCCAAGGCGGCCGCCAAGGCGGUUGCCAAGGCGCCCGAGGCGCCGACGCCGGCCCCGGCGCCUGAGGCUCCGACUUCAGCACCCGAGGCGCCGGCCCAGGCGCCUGAGCCUGCGGAGCCGGCGCCUGCCCCGCGCGAGCCGGAGCCAGCGGAGGAAGCCCCGCCGCCGAGCAUAGGUGUUGAAGGCCCAGCAAGCUUGGCAGCAGCGGCCGCCAUGAUGGCACAGCGGCGCAUGAGCCGAGCCGCAGCAAAGGCGGAGGCGAAGGCGGAAGUCAAGGCCAAGGCCCCGGAGACGCCGGCUGAAGCCAAGGCGGACAGCUCCCAGGUAGCGGCAGCGGUGCAGGCAGUGCAGGCACCAGAUCCGGGAGCCACCGCGCCAGCGAAGGCUGCGCCCGACGCCCCGGGUCCUGGCCCUGCGCUCUUUGGGCCACCGGCCGCGAAGGCGGCGGGCAAGCGCGCGCCGCCGCCGCCGCCGAAGGAGCCGGAGAGUGACGAAGGCAAAGAUGAAGCCAGCAGGGGUGGAAAGCGGCUUCCACAUCCGAUCUAG